AAGCAAAGGAAUGUCUUCUACAUUUGCUUUGGCUUCGAGUUUGUCUCCCCUUGAAACUUUAGAGACAUGUGCUUACGAUGAUGAUGAAUACGUACCACUUUUGACAUUUUGUCAGCAUUCUUUGGACAAUCAAGAAUCAGAAAAUGAGGAUGAGGAUGAGAGUACAUUAGAAACAGACACAAGGGAUGUUUGCAAGAAAAGUCCAAUGCCACCACAUUGGGCAUCCAUUCGGCUACCAUCGCAUCUUGAUGGAAGUCUUAGGCAGAUCGGCAUUGGUGCUUGUGGAACUAUUAGAAAAACUGCCUCCAGUUUUCUGAAAGAAUUGAAAAUAGACAAAGGCGUUAAACUCAAUUGGGAUGUUUGUUCUGGUGUUGUAAUAAAUGAUACAUUGGCUGUCCUCUGGCAAGAUAACGGACCAGUAACAAUGUUGACAAUGAUUCAUAGGCUUGUUGGUGAAGAAUGGGAAGUAGAGCGUAAAAGACGACGACCAAGAGAAACUAGUAGUAAUGCUAUAAAAGUGCGUAUGAUAUUUGGGUCUGAAUUAAAAAAAAAAUUAAAAAUUCUCAAGAUUAUUGAUGAUUACAACCAUAAUAUGAAUGGAGUAGAUGUCUCUGACCAACUGCGACACUGCGAUUAUCAACGCAUACCAAAUCGUCAGAACUUUAGGAUCGAAGCGGGAGCACAAAGAUUAGCGAAAGAUGAAUUGGACGUAGAUCGUAAAACACCACAUCAAAGUAAUUUAUGGUGUGUUCUGGAAAAACAUUUAAUCCAAGAUCACUUGUCAGUCAAAGGACUUCCAGAAGAAACAGGAGCCUGGCUACUAUCUUAUAAAAUAUUUGAAAUUAUUCUAGCAUUUAUAUUUAUUGCAGGUUUACCAGAAUAA